AGAGAGACCGCCGUUUUCUCUCCGAUUUGAAGCCGAUUCCGACCAAACUACCCGAAAAUUGAUCUCUAUUCGACGAUUCAAGCAUUCUAUGCUUUCAAUUACUAAGAAUCUGUUCCAAAAAACCCCAAAUCCUUUCGUCUCCUCUGGGUCUCAUCGCGUCCUCUGUCUCCGGCGAUACACAGUAGUUCCAGCAAUGGGUUCUCGAAGUUUGCCUGAAGAAAAGAAGGAUGUGGUGUUGUGUAAGAAGAUAGUGGAAACUCUGGGAGGAGAUGGUGCUCAAAGAGUAUUGCUGUUAGGCGAAUCUGGAAUCGGGAAGACAAGGAUGGCACAGAUGGUAGACAAAGAAGCUGCUAAGGACGACUUGUGCUACCAGACUCUCUGGUUACAUCUCAACAGGAAGUUUAAAGUCAACGACAAGUAUAUCAAGGAGAAGAAGUUUGAAGAUGAAUGGUCUCUUUAUGAGAACAUAGCUUCACAACUAUCUUUAUAUUCUGAUUUUGAAGAGACUGAAGUCGGUGAAAGAGAUGAAGAUGAGGAGGAAGAGAAGAAGGUUGAAGAUUUGCUUAAGGAUUUGAAGCCUAAGAUUGAGAAAUAUCUCUUGGAAAAGAAGAAAGCCGUUGAGGAAAAAUUGGAGAAGGAAGCCGCAGAUAAACUGGAGGCUGAGAAAAAACUGGUGGAUCCGCAUGCGAAGAAAGCUAAAGAUCCUGAGAAGAAGAAUCCAACGGAUGCCGGGAAGGAGAAAACGACUCAAGUAGUAUCCGGAGGAGAUUCAUCAUCUGAAAGAAAGCCGUAUCUUCUUUUAAUUCUUGACGAUGAAGGAAUGACCAGUGAGUACGAGGUGAUGGUGCAUUUAGGCCUUGAGGAUUUUCUGAAAGACCACACACCUCGAAAAAUCCUUAUUACAAGAAGACAGGAAAAUGAGGAGGAUACAAAAUCUGGUGAGAAGAUUGAGGGGGAAGAUGAUUCGCAUUCCGCGGAAAAGAAAGAUGAAACCGAUGGUGAAGACGAAAAUAAAUCACGUGACACCGACACAAUCAAUGAGGAGGUACCUGAGUCUCAUGCCCAGAUCAAGGCAGAGGAGAAACCGGCUCCUACCAUAGAUGACUUAUGGGGUGGCACAAACACUUAUGGGGAAAUUACGUUCAAUAACACAAAUGAGUCGCAAGCUUUACUUGAAUCCUUCAAAGACAUGGAGGCAGAGGCUUUAUUUUCGUCCAUUUUCAAAAUCAGCGAUAUGCCAUUAUUUUUCCUUGGAAACUUUCAUGAGACUGAUGAGAAACUGAUACCCCACAUGCUGAAAAAGAGCAAGAAUUUGCCGGCUGCAAUCGUCGUGCUCGCCAAGUCCCUAUAUUACACUGUUACGAGCGAGUCCUAUAAGCUUAAUAAGGAUGAAGAAGACAAGUUACUAAAAGAAAAGAUAGAAAUGGUUCUCUCGGCUGAGCGGAAUGUUCCAUCCGAUUCAGAAUCUAGUUCUGAGAACCCUAAGAAAGCAAGUGGAGAAAAUCCAAUCCUGCUUCUUGCAUACAAGCUGUUCAAAACCGACGGUCCAUUGAAGGAUACCAUAUUGGAUUGUUUUUGGCAUAGCUUGGACUUCUUUGAGCAUUGUGGCUGUGUUUACUACCGUGACCUGAUCACCCAAUGGAUUCUUGAAGGCUACUUUGAUCCUGUUAGGUCUGUCGAAAAGGCGUACCAGGAUGGUCAUUCUAUCUUCAUGGAGCUUAUAGACCGCGGAAUGCUGAAGAUACAAGAAAACAAUGUGGUGGUACCAGAGAUGGCGAUGAGAAAUGUAAUUGAUCCUCGACGUGGUGGGCAUUUAGGGAAAUCUCGGCUUGGAUUUUCUAGAGUCUAUGGUGGUAACAAGAAAAAAGGUAUAGGGAAAAUCACCCAACUUGAUGAUAUGAUUAAAACAGUGCAAGCAAAGAAAGGAGACAAGAUUACCACGAUUCUGGUUAGUGGAGAUCGUCUGCGUCGUGAAACUCCUGCAAAGUUCUUUAAGAAUCUGAAAGAGCUUGAAGUACUUGGUCUUUUUGAACCCACACUGGAAUUUGAACGCAUAGAGAAACCUGUUGACCCGUCUUUUACAGAUCAGCUCAAACCUUCUGUUGUCCCGCCUUUUACAGAUCAUCUCAUACUCCUCCGGGUUCUUGUGAUCAGGGACUGUGACCUACUGAAAGGUAUAGAGGAGCUUAAAGCUCUUACAAAGCUAAAUGCUCUUGAAGUUUCUGGUGCUAGCUCCCUGAAGAAAAUCUCUGACGACUUCUUUAAGUCAUUUCUUGAACUCCGAAGUCUUCACCUCUCUGGGCUUAAGAUCACAUCUUCCCCUUCCAGUAUUUCUGACCUGAAGGAACUUCACUGUCUCAUCAUCAAGGACUGCCCUUUAUUGGAAGAUCUGCCAAACAUACAGGAACUACUGAAUCUCGAGGUUGUUGAUAUUUCUGGUGCUCGUGGGCUUCAAACUUGUUUCGACAACGCAAAAGGUGACAAGAAAAACAAAAGCAAAAACAAAAACUUUUAUCUUCUUACAAAACUUCAGCUUCUUGACUUCUCGGGGAGCCAAAUAGAGCGACUACCAAUAUUCCAGGACUCUGCGGUGGCCGCCAAGCUUCACUCCCUGACUCGGCUCUUGUUGCGCAACUGUAGCAAAUUGAGAAGGUUGCCUAGUUUGAAGCCCUUGUCAGGACUCCAAAUUCUUGAUCUUUCUGGCACUACGAGCUUAGUGGAAAUGCUUGAAGUGUGCUUCGAGGAUAAGCAUGAACUCAAAACUCUUGAUCUCUCGGGAACUAAUCUUAGCGAGUUGGCUACCACCAUCGAGGAGCUGUCCAGUCUCAACGAACUUCUCCUACGUGAUUGCAUCAACCUAGAUGCUAUCCCAAACAUCCAGAAACUCACAAAUCUCGAAGUCAUUGAUGUUUCCGGCAGUGCCAAGCUGGCGAAGAUUGAGGGAUCAUUUGAGGAAAUGUAUUACCUACGUGAAGUGAAUCUCUUUGGAACCAAAGUGGAGACACCAGAGUUGCCAAAUGAGACCAAAAUCCAUUGUCUGAAGCGUUUUACCCGGGCUGAUGGAAAGUGUUUUAAAGGUGACACAUGGAGCAAAAUAAAGGAAGACAUUGAACGUGAUAGGUCUGAGAAUGCCAGCUCCUCUGAUGCAGUUGUUGAAUCCCAAGAGAUUCUAGAAGAAACAAGAGAGAUUCAAUCAGAUGAACCUCGCGCCAGUGAUCGUACUGAGAAGGGAGAUGUCAGCAAGGAACGUCUUCUCAAAGUCCCCAAGAGUGCUCUAUAUAAGCAGACACUAUCACUUGUUGAUUCCGAAAUUCCUCCACAAGUCUUGGAGAUCAAUGAAACUAAUGAGCUAGAUAAGGACGCACUAGCUAAUGCUGAGUUUGUGUCUUUUGUGGACUGUACUCCUGAAAGGCUCACAUCUAUCUUUAACGAGACCAAAUCAGUGAAGGGUUGCUGGCUAAGGAUGUGCUUUGACAUAAAAGAUCUUUUCGCUGGUGUGGAUGAGGAACACUUGAAGUCACUGGAGACUUUGUCGAUUACAAACCUUCUUUCAUUGGAGACUAUAAGCUCUGUUGGUAAGUUGGAGAAUCUGAAGAACCUAAGCUUAGAUUGCUGCCCGAAAAUCAAAACGAUUUUCCCGGAGAUGCCUGCCAGCCUACCAGUCCUGAAUUUAAAGCAUUGUGAGAAUCUGGAGAAAGUUGUUGUAGGAGUUGAAGUGUCAACUCACACUAAUCUGAAUUUGGAAGUGGAGAACUGCCCAAAGUUCAACAAAAUCCUUCCAUCAUCGGAGACUACAAGCUCGGAAUACGUUAUGGUUGACCGCAGUGAUGUACCACCACCACAAGAAUGCUGAUCAUAAACGUAGCUGGAGCAAGAUCUACUUACACAGUACUAAACAUCUGGAUCGUUGCCUCUAAUCAUUCUCAUACUUUUUUCCUGCGUGUGGCUGAAAGCUUUGUGUGUUGAAUAACAACCGGAUUUGAAA